GAAAACGAAAGUGAUUCAUCUUCAGUCGACGCGCCAUUUUGAGGAGCGGUUAGAAAGGCAGAAAGAACUUCAACACCAGGCCGAAACGGAGAGGUUCAUGUUAAACAACAUGGACUGUGGAUUUACUGAGUGGUUUCUGUACUUACUGUAAGUGUACAAACAGUAAGAACUGCGUCACGUCACCGGAAUAAAGUCAUCUGAUAAACUUGUUUACCAGGUGUAAGUCUGUGAAUUCACUGAUAUUAAAAAAUGGAGAGCAUUGAUCUGGACACAGAUAUCAUGACCCCACCCUCAAAAAAGUGCAAACUACAGGGAAAGAGAUCAGACUCAUCAGCACUCAGCUUUAUCUCCAUGAAGAGUGACAAGUCUAUGGAUCCUCCCUGGAACUAUAAAAAUAAAAAAGACUUCUCACUCUCACUUCUAUACAGUAAACUACAAGGAAAGAGUUCAGACUCAUCAGCACCCAGCUGUAUCUCCAUGAAGAGUGACAGGUCUAUGGAUCCUCCCUGGAACUUUAAACAUGAAGACUCCUCACUUGUACACAGUAAACUUCAUAUAAAGAGAUCAGACUCAUCAGCACCCAGCUGUAUCUCCAUGAAGAGUGACAGGUCUAUGGAUCCUCCUUGGAACUUUAAACAUGAAGACUCCUCACUUGUACACAGUAAACUACAGGGACAGAGAUCAGACUCACCAGCACCCAGCUGUAUCUCCAUGAAGAGUGACAGGUCUAUGGUACCUCCUUGGAACUUUAAAGGUGCAGACUCCUCACCUGUACACAGUAGUCUACAGAAGCCAGAUGACAAAAGAGAAAAGAACAUCAUCACAGAUACAGGACAUGAACCACAAUCUGCUGAUGUUAAUGAAUUCCAGAAAAAGUUCAAAUUAAAUCUGAAGAAGAAGUUUCAGUGUUUAAAUGGAGAGAUGAUAAACCUGGGAACCCAAAGACUCCUGAAUGAGAUCUACACAGAGCUCUACAUCACAGAGGGAGACAGUGGAGACGUCAAUAAUGAACAUGAGGUGAGACAGAUCGAGGCAGCAUCCAGGAGAACAACAACAAGAGAGGAAACACCAAUCAAAUGCAAUGACAUCUUUAAGCCUUUAUCUGAACAAGACAAACCCAUCAGAACUGUUCUGACAAAGACCUCAUCUGAACAAGACAAACCCAUCAGAACUGUUCUGACAAAGACCUCAUCUGAACAAGAUAAACCCAUCAGAACUGUUCUGACAAAGAUCUCAUCUGAACAAGACAAACCCAUCAGAACUGUUCUGACAAAGGGAGUCGCUGGCAUCGGAAAAACAGUCUCUGUACAGAAGUUCAUUCUGGACUGGUCUGAAGGGAAAACAAAUCAGGACGUCCACCUCAUAUUUCCACUUCCUUUCAGAGAGCUGAAUUUGAUGAAGGACCAGAAACUGAGUCUGAUGGAGCUCCUUCAUGUCUUUUUUAAGGAAACAAAAGAAACAGAAAUGUCCAAAUUGAAAAAGGUUCUGUUCAUUUUUGACGGAUUGGACGAGUGUCGUUUUCCUCUGGAUUUCCAGAACACAGUGAGAGUGUGUGAUGUAACUGAAUCAGCAUCAGUGCAGGAGCUGCUGAUAAACCUGAUCAAAGGGAAUCUGCUUCCCUCUGCUCUCAUCUGGAUCACCUCCCGACCAGCAGCAGCUGAUCAAAUCCCCUCUGAGUGUGUGCAUCGAGUCACAGAGAUACGAGGGUUCAAUGACCCACAGAAGGAGGAGUAUUUCAGGAAGAGGAUCAGAGAUCAGAGCCUGGCCAAUAACAUCAUCACACACCUGAAGUCAUUAAGAAGCCUCUACAUCAUGUGCCACAUCCCAGUCUUCUGCUGGAUUUCAGCCACUGUUCUAGAGAGGAUGUUGGGUGAAGCAGAGACUGGAGAGAUCCCCAAGACUCUGACUGAAAUGUACACACACUUCCUCAUCAUUCAGACAAACAUCAUAAGAGGAAAAUACUCACAGAAGCAGGAGAGUGAUGAAGAAAUGCUUCUUAAACUGGGACAACUGGCUUUUCAGCAGCUGAAGAAAGGGAACCUGAUCUUCUAUGAGGAAGACCUGAGAGAGUGUGGCAUUGAUGUGAGAGAAGCAGCAGUGUACUCAGGUGUGUGUACACAGAUCUUCAGAGAGGAGUUUGGGCUUCACCAGAGUAAAGUGUACUGCUUUGUUCAUCUGACCAUUCAGGAGCAUCUUGCAGCUCUGUAUGUGCACCAGACCUUCAUGAAGAAAAAGAUUAAUGUUCUUAAACACAGUCAGGUUUUUAACACAAUCUCAGAUGUCCAGAAGUCUGCUGUAGAUCAGGCCUUGGAAACUAAGACUGGACAUCUGGACCUUUUCCUUCGCUUUCUUCUGGGUCUCUCACUGGAGUCCAAUCAGAAACUCUUACAUGCCUUAUCACAGAGAGGAAGUAGCUUCGACAGCAAAGAGGAAACGGUUCAUUACAUUAAGCAGAUAAUUAGAAGAAAUCCUCCUGAAGAGAAAUCCAUCAAUCUGUUCCACUGUCUGAAUGAACUGGGUGAUAAUUCUCUAGUGGAGGAAAUCCAACGCUACCUGAAAUCUGGAAAACAAAGAAAACUCUCUUCUUCACAGUGGUCUGCUCUGGUGUUUGUGUUACUGACCUCAGAACAGGAUCUGGAGGAAUUUGACCUGAAUAAAUAUAGUACAGAGAGGAUAACAGAUCUGGUUCUUCUGAAGGUGAAGCCUGUGAUUGCAGCAUCCAGAAAAUCAGUCAUUCAGCAUGUAACACUUAAAGAGAAAAGCUGUGAAGCUUUGGCCUCUGUGCUCAGCUCUGAAUACUCCAGACUGAGAGAACUGGAUCUGUCUGAGAGUAAACUAGGAGACUUAGGAGUGAAGUGUCUUUCUGCUGGACUGGAGAAUCCUCACUGUAAACUGGAGACACUCAGGUUGCGUGAUUGUCGUGUCUCAAAUAAAGGCUGUGCUGCUCUGACUUUAGCUCUGAGAUCAAACCCCUCACACCUGAGAGAACUGGAUCUGUCCUGUAAUAAUCUAGGAGACUCAGGAGUGGAGAGUCUCUCUGAUCUACUGGAGAAAACUCACUGUAAACUGGAGACACUGGGGUUGUGUAGUUGUUAUUUCUCAGUUGAAGGCUGUACUGCUCUGACUUCAGCUCUGAGAUCAAACCCCUCACACCUGAGAGAACUGGAUCUGUCAGGGAAUAAACUCAGAGACUCAGGAGUGAAGAGUCUCUCUGCUCUACUGGAGAAUCCUCUCUGUAAACUGGAGAGACUGAGGUUGUGUGGUUGUGAUUACUCAGAUGAAGGCUGUGCUGCUCUGACUUCAGCUCUGAGAUCAAACCCCUCACACCUGAGAGACCUGGAUCUGUCUGGGAAUAAUCUAGGAGACUCAGGAGUGAAGAGUCUCUCUGCUCUACUGGAGAAUCCUCUCUGUAAACUGGAGACACUGAGGUUGGUGGACUGUGGCAUUUCAGAUGAAGGCUGUGCUGCUCUGACUUCAGCUCUGAAACAAAACCCCUCACAUCUGAGACAACUGCAUCUAGUCUUGAAUAAAAUAGGAGACUCGGGAAAGAAGCUGCUCACAGCUCUUAAGGAUGAUGGACAUCUCAAACUACAGGAACUGAUGCUGUUAGUUGAAGACUCCAGUAUACCUUCCAUGCUGGGUAAAAGAUAGCACAUUUAUGCAUAAGUGACGCUCUUGGAUGCCAAUCAGCCUGCAACACGUCUUUCAACUGGGGAGGAAACCAGAGUAUCCGGAGGAAACCCCAAAUCACAGAGAGCUACUUGCUAACUUCACACACACGACAGAGGUGGUGUGAAGCAAACGUGCUAUCCACUAGGCCAUCAUUCCCCCUGCAUGUUUUUUAAUAGCUAAGAAUGCUAGCCUUUAUAAUAUAUAGUAUCAGUUAUUAAUUUAACCUGGUAUUAUUUGGCAGAUUUAUUGUUUGUUUCUACUCACAACACGGCUGAUUGUCUGUAGGUCAGGAGUCUCACCAUGUGGCAGAGUUGCCGAUAUUCGUCCAGGGACAUUUGUCUGGGCCUGUGGCCUAGAAAAUUGUUCCUGGAAUGUCUGCCACAUCUGCGGUCCAUGACUGGCGUAAAUAAAAUAAAAAAAGAACAUAGUCUGUCAAUACAACUGCAUAUGUCCUCCCUAAAACAGAUUAACAAGCGGAGAGAACACCAUAACAAUCCUUCAGUCUUAGACGACACUGAUACGAAUGUUCGAGAGAGCAUAAGAUAAUUUUUUAAAAUUUAAAACUAAUAUAAACUUUUAUAUACUAUAAUGCAGAAAAAUAUAUCGCAGCGUAGGGAAUUAGGCCCUGACCUAUGUGAAUAAGAGGUAACUUACCCAGGUAGAAGGAUGGAGGUAAGUCUCCCAUGGGAAUGUAAAAAAAAAAAAAAGCAUUCAACUUGAUCCAAACUAAACUAAGUAGCAGAGCUAUUAAGUUUACCACAUUAUCACAUCACUUAGGCAAUGAGUGAAAACUAAGUAAAUAAGGAUAGCAGCCUUCCCUUAAAGAAUGGUGAAGACUUAGUAUUCUAAGUAAUUGCCAGGCAACCACCAUGAGCAAUACAUGAAAAAACAAGUACACAAGUAUAUGGAACAUUAUAAUUUAGGGUAAAACAUAAAUAAUAAAAAUAAAUGUGUAAUAAAAAUAAAUGUUUUGGUUUAAAUAAGUUUAUAAAUAAGGUAUAAUUAGUGAGGCCAAACAGUUCAGCAACUACUAAUACGUGUUAAAUUAAAACCCGUGACACAUAGGCCGUAUGAAGGCCACAGACAGCAUGUCACAUGAGUUUCAGCUAUAGAUGAAGGUUAAAGAAAGUUGGGGUUGUUUUUUUUGAUAUGGGGGGAUUAUUUAACUUCAAAACAAUCCUAAAAAUAGAUGAAACCAGUAAGGUUGGGUAACUGGAUUAGGAUGUAAGAAUGUAUAUAUACUGGGGGAUUUGUGCAGGGGGCCACACUUGACCGCAUUGAGCAUGAAUCUAUGUGCCAAUUUCUGUGAAAUUUUUUCAAUAAAGCCUGCUGCUUCUUCUCA